AUGGGUGACGGCUACGCCUUCCUCUGGAGCGGUCGCCACAAGGCAGAGCGACGGGACGCGGGCGUUGCCUUUGCCAUCCAAAACGACAUCAUUGAACGACUGCCCUGUCUGCCGCAGGGCAUCAACGAUCGCCUGAUGAGCCUCCAUCUGCCUCUCCAGGGAGGCCAAUUUGCCACCAUCAUUAGCGUCUACGCCCCGCCUAUGACCAGCCUUGACGCUGAAAGGAACAAAUUCUACGAGGACCUGCACGUCCUCCUGACGUCUGUGCCGAAGGCGGAUAAGUUGAUUGUGCUUUGGCGACUUCAACGCCCGCGUCGGCACAGAUCAUUCCGCCUGGAGAGGAGUGCUGGCUCCCCAUGGUCUCAACAGCUCCAUUGACAAUGGCCUGCUCCUUCUGCGAACACCUGGAGAACACCGUCUCACCCUGACCAACACCUUCGCCAUCUGAUGACCUAGGAGGGCGCGACUUCGAUGCGCCCUCGGUCACGACACUGGGACCUGCUGGACUAUGUCCUCCUCUGGAGGCGAGACCAGAGGGACGUGUUGAUGGCAAAGGCGAUCCCGGGUGCCGACGGAUGAAAUGACCAUCUCCAAGAUGAGUAUCCUCUCGCAGCCACGCAUGAGACCUCAAUGUAAGUGACCGCCAGGUAAAUUGAAUACUGUUCUUUUUAAUGUUUCUGCUCGUCAUCUCCAUUUCAGAAACGAGCUAGCUCAGAAACUAGCCAACCUCCAAGUCGCUAAGGAUGAGCACGGCUCCGUGGAGAACCGAUGGUGGCAACUGAAGAGCAAAGUCCAGUCAACCGUCCUGGUUGUCCUCGGUUGCGCACGUCGUCAACAUAAGGACUGGUUCGACGACAAUGACGCCUCUAUCAGCAACCGGCUGGCCGAGGAGAACCGACCGCACAUGGCCGCCCUGUCGACGACAACAAAGUAG